GUCACGUGCUCACGCCGUCGCGUCACACCCGGAAGCAGCGACCGCAGCAGAGCGGGCCGCGAUGAGUGGGGAGCCGGGGCCGAUGUCCGUGGCGCCCCCUCCCGGGGAAGUGGAACCGGGGAGUGGGGUCCGCAUCGUCGUGGAGUACUGUGAACCCUGCGGCUUCGAGGCGACCUACCUGGAGCUGGCGAGCGCCGUGAAGGAGCAGUAUCCUGGCAUCGAGAUCGAGUCGCGCCUGGGGGGCACAGGGGCCUUUGAGAUCGAGAUCAAUGGACAGCUGGUGUUCUCCAAGCUAGAGAACGGGGGCUUUCCUUAUGAGAAAGAUCUCAUUGAGGCCAUCCGAAGAGCCAGUAAUGGAGAACCCCUAGAAAAGAUCACCAACAGCCGUCCUCCCUGCGUCAUCCUGUGACUGCACGUGAUCCUGGAUUCCUGCUCUGUUCUGGAGACCAAGCCUUGGUCUCCCCUUUGGCCCUGCUGGGGGCUCCUCUGGCCUCUUUUCCCUCAGAGCUCCUGGAAGCAAGGGGCCUCCACUUUGCCCCUUGGGAUAUAAGCAGGGAAUAGAAGCUUCUGUGGUCUUGGGGAUGGGAGAGAGAUCCUCCCCAUGGACAUUUCCACAGCCAGCUUGUACUCCCUGCCCAGCAUCAGUGCCCAGAGAAGCCCAGUCCCCUUUUCAGCUUGGCAGUACCUGUCAGAUGCCACUGUAGUUUUAAUUUAUUCCUCUCCAGCUCUGGGCAGUGUCAAUUUUUGGCAAUAAAGUGGCACUACAAGCACUGUG